AUGGUCUAUGCGAAGCUGAGCAGCACCAAAACGCGCGCCGCCCCAAGCGCGAAGGUUCGCUCAAGCCCGCCAACCCAGCCUUACGUGCCGCCGCCGUAUCACAUAGGUUACUUCGCGUUUCCGCCAGUGGCCAAUGUCGCUGGGAAAGGCCGGCCCGGAAACCCAUCUUUCAUGUUCUCGUUCUAUGACGACCGCAAGGCCCGCGAGGAGCAGGCACGCGCCGCGCGCGAGGAGCAAGAACGCGUCGCGCGCGAGGCACGCGAGGCUGAGAUACACGCGAAGGAGCGGGCCUGGGAAGAGCGCUGCCGGCGGGCAGCGCAGGCGCGUGAAGAGCAGCUCGCACGCGAGCGGGCGGAGGCUCUGAAAGGUGAAAUGUGGUGGGUCCGCUUCGGCUUCUAUUUGCUCGACGAGCGCGGGCAUAAAUUGGUCGAGCGCACCGAGGCGCUGCGCGCGGAGGUCCGCAUCCUCGACGAGGAGACGCGGCGGCUGACUAUGUGGAACGCGUACGAGUCUCGCUGGCGAGAGUUGUUCGCGUCGAGCACACCUGUGGCCUUCAAGGACGUCCCGUGGCCCCUUCCCGCCACACUCUCCUCGGUCGAUGAGCUCGCAGACUCCGAGGCGGCGAUUGAGGAGUUCAUCUUCGCGACGCUCAUCGUCAGGACUAACACGGUGACCCGACGGGAGAGGCUGAGGGCGUCUUUACUGCGGUGGCACCCUGACAAAGUGUCAGCGGUGUUCGUAAGGGUUGUGCCGGAGGACAUGGAGGCCGUCCGCGACGGCAUCAACACAGUAUUCAGACACUUGAAGGCAUUGCAGGACAAGGAGAGGCAAGUAUAA